GUGUCAAAGCGCACAUCUUCCGAGACUUUGCCAAGAAGUUUCCGUUUCCCGUCACCACUUUCAGUGACACUAUCUUCAACAGUGUCGAACCAGGCGACGCACCAUAAGUUUCGCUGUGCGUUUUCGGACCUGCUUGAGCAGUACAAGCCUUAGAAACUGCAUCAGCACAAUCAGCAAACAAGUGAAGGCGGCUAGCUUGCACUACCAUCACGUGAUCAUCUAGUGAAACGGACUUCCUGGGGCUGAUGAACUUACGUCAGUGUGAACGCAAGCAGAUUUUAAUUAACAACAAAGAAGACUUAUACGUCUUAAUUAAACGCACCAAUACUAGUCUGUCUAUACUAAAUUCUAUUUGCGAACGUGUUCACAUUUUCUCCACGAUGUGGCGGACGUACACUCUAACACGUAGAUCACGUGUUUACAUCUUAAUUAAGUCGUGCCUUGAUGCCGACAGUCAGUUGGUCGGGUGUUAGACGUGCGGCUUGUUUUGAUGUCGAGCACAUUUCGUCAAGUCUCUUUGUUAACAUGGCGGUCUCGUAGUCGCUUUUUCUACCUCAUUGUCUCUUCAUCGGGUGUCGACACUAGAUUGCUCUACUUGUCAAACGUCAUUGGAUGAAAACAAUAGGAAAUUAGCAUCGCCUCACCACCACUACUAGAGGUAUCGGCUGUCCCGCCGUUAGUCUCCACGUGGACGUUGCACUGUACGCGUCGCUUGGGAUACGCUGCGAAAUGGUCGUGUUGCUUGUCGUUUGCUUUUUGCUCGCGUCUGUUAGUGUCGACGCCAGACAGCUGUGGCCUGGGGUAGGGCAUCCUCCGCAGGAGUGCCCGACGGAUGAACCUCCGAUGGGCCUGCCUCCGUCGUCGUCGUCCGAAACGCAGUGCGAGACUCCACCAAAAUGGAUUAGCAACAUUUGGUAUCUAGAUGAGUACACGGGAAUUAUGAAAGCGGGCAGACUGUUUUACGACUCGGACAAGCAACGCAUACGGAAAUCCGUCGCCAUUCUGAAUAUACGUGAAAAUAUCUUUGUGGACAUACUCCUCUUGUUUGGCGAGGACCGCUUUUACUUCAGAACUGGUGAAAUAGAGGAGAAUGGCUACAAGACUACUCAAUGUCUGGUGUCUGAGCGACUCUAUCAGUUCCAGAAAAAGGGUGUGCCAUCGCGUGCACAAUGCGCUUACGUAGAGGAGCGAGGAAUGGGAGAGAACACAUUGACGACCACAACGUACGCUCUUGUGUUCAAUGCUUCAGACGACAGCGAGCUGGGCUCUCUAGUCAAAAGGCCUCGGAUCAAUUUCAAUGCGCAUGCUCGUCAUCACCCGCACGGUCACGGAGGUCACGAGCACACGUGGUACGGGGUAUUCGCGCCCGUGGAAGGCGGCAAGUGCGUUCCAGUCAUAGAGAACAUCUAUGAAGGAAAUAUGCUUGACUACAUGAGACCCGAGCUUACUAAUACCGUCUACACGGUGCGAUAUACGAAUUUCUACGACGACGUUGAAGACAACAUGUUCGACGUUCCUGAAGAAUGCAAAUUCGCGAGCGUCCGCGAAGCGACGCGGGAAGAAAUCGAGGAAAAGUUACAGAAGUAUAGCUCUAUGUACAUCUAGCGUGUGACCGCUCCGUGCACAUGGACAUGCAUGAGACUGCUUGGCAGAAAGCCUUGUGUGUGUUGUGAUUGAGACACGAUGAUUGUUGUGUUGCAUGGCACGCUUGUGUUGUUGGUUUGAUUUGAGUGUAGUAGACAAUUGAGUUGAGUUGUUGCAAGGAA